AUGGCUGGCAAUGAGCCUGCGCAGAUCGCGUUAGAUGAGGAUGAAGGAGUAUCUGAGCUUGACGACGGCGAGACGACGGCAUCCGUCCGUUCCAGCGUUUUGCAAAACAAGGAACAGUAUGGAAGACGAUACCACGCAUACAAGGACGGGUCAUACCAUCGACCAAACGACGAGGCCGAACUCGAUCGUCUGGAUAUAGCCCACGCUCUCUUUGCAAUCAUCAACAAGGACCGACUGCAUCUCGCUCCGCUGGAGCCUGACCUCGGCCGUGUCCUAGACCUCGGCGCCGGCACGGGAACCUGGGCCAUCGAGUUCGCCGAUGUGUAUCCCUCAGCUGUGGUGGUUGGCGUGGACAUCAGUCCCACCAUGCCCAAGAUCGUCCCGCCCAAUGUCCAGUUCGAGAUUGACGAUGUCCAGGAUCCGUGGACGUACAGUAAGCAGGCCGACUACAUCCACUGCCGGUACAUGGUCGGGUCGAUAUCGGACUGGCCCAGGUUGAUGCGGCAAUGCUAUGAUAAUCUCAAUCCGGGCGGCUGGGUCGAGUUUCAGGAUUUCGACAUUGACUACUAUUCUCAGGACGGGUCGUUGACGGAAGAGCACGCCCUGAGACGCUGGCUCCUGCUUUGCAGCGAGGCGGCCGCCAAAAUCGGUAGAACAUUGCACGUUGGCAGGCGUCUUGAGCAGUGGGCUAAAGAGGCAGGCUUCAUCAAUGUCCAGGUGGUCAAGGUUCCCGUCCCCAUCGGUCCCUGGCCGAAGGACAAGAGACUGAAGCGAAUGGGCUUGGUCAACUGGACGCAGAUCUUUGAAGGCCUCCAGGCCGUGAGCCUGAGAUUGUUCCUCAACGUGCUGGGAUGGACCCAACAGGAGCUGGAAUCGCUGCUGGUCGAGGUCCGACAGGACAUGAAGAACAGAGAGAUCCACGCGCUGUACGACGUGUAA